AUGAAAGAUUCCAGUAAGUGAGAAACAAUUUUCAAAUUUUUAUUCAAAAUUUCACAAAAUUUUCAAAAAUCUUUCAGGACAAUAUCAAUAUCUUCGUGGUAAUAGCAAAAUAACCCAAAAACAUCAGAGAACAUCAGAAUCAAAAUUAUCAUAGUAGGUCAAUUUUUUCAGUUUUUUUAUAAAAUGAAAUUAUUUUCAGACGUUUUUUACUGUAUCUACACUACAGUACUCUUCUUCAAAAUUGCUUCGAACUUGACGAACCAACGAAUCAGAACUGAUCCAAGGGUUUUUAUCAAUGCUGUAUGAUCCAUAAUCGAAUAAAUAGUUUUGUUGAAAAAGUUGUUGUCUUGAAAAUAUUCAUUUUCUGCAAAAAUUUAGGCUUACAGAUUUUUUCAGCCUCCAAGAAAAGCCUGAAAAAUUUUUAGAUCUUCCAGAAUGCUUCGGGGCUUCGGAAAAAAUCUUUCGGCGUUCUAGAAAAUUUAUCUGGGUUUCUGAAAGUUCAAAAAAGCUUCCAGGCCUUCUGAAAAUUUCCCGAGAUUUCAGAAGUUGUUGAAUACAGAUGAAUACGAAACUAGCUGAUGAGUACGAGUUGUUUCAUGGUUUUUGUGAGAAAUGUUAUAAAAAUUUGAAAUAUUUUGAAUAAACAUUUUUUUCCGAAACCAAAAAUGUUGAUCAAAUCAUUUUCCGUUCAUAAAAACCAUAUCAAUCAAAAUAUUUUUCAAACAAAAAUGCGUUUUUCUUUCAUUAUUCUCUCAAUAUUUGCUAUUGCACUGUCUUCAAAUUUAGAUCCAUAUUCCGAGACAAAUAAGUUUCUUUUAAGUUACUGGGAGCACAUGAAAGCCAAAAACUACACAAUUAUCGAUCCGGAAUUUUUUGGAAUUGUGGAUAAUGUAACAUACAACAAAGAAGAAUUCAUCAAAAAGAGCAAAGGUUAUAAAUUCCCUGAUAAAAUGCCACAAGUCAAUGUGACAAAUGCAAUUUUCGACAUGGAGGGUAUGUUGAUAGGAGAUAUAGAUCAAUAUGGUCAUACCUCAAAAUUCACUGCGAAACCGAAUGCUAAUAUUAAAGGAGGCUAUACAUUUUUCAAAGUGAAGAAAUGA